ACAGUUGGGAGUGAUCCGCGUUCCCACCAUGUUGUGGACGACGAUACAGUUUAUGUGUAUAAUAACUUUUUGCAAUGUGCUUAUUAAGUGUGAAGUUCAACAAGAAAGACCUAAAAUAAAAACAUCCAAUGGUGACCUCAUUAUAGAACCAGCGUUCAACAAAAACAUAUAUUUACGUCGCAAUGGUCCUAAGUCAUCAGUAUACUUAGGUGGCUUAAAUAUACUUAAUAUUAAUUCUACUUCAUCUCAAAGCUAUCAACCGCCUUCCGGCAGUGACUUCGAGAGUGAUCUUCAAGAUGUAAAUAGCAUAUCUGAGCGAUUGCAGAGAUUAGAAAACCAAAAUACUCAAUAUCCAAGCGACUUUCUAAUCAAUAUAACGGUACUUUCAAGAAAAAUUAACCGAUUAAACAAUAGAGUUUCCAUACUCAGGACACAAAUGAGUAGAAAAGUUAAUAAUUGUGAGUCAAAUCCAUGUAGACACGGCGGAACUUGCUUAAACUUAGUAACAGGAUACCAUUGUCUUUGUCCACCAAAUUGGGAGGGACCAAAAUGUGAAGACGACGUGAAUGAAUGCCGCAACUUCGCCGGUACAGACUUGGGCUGCCAAAAUGGUGCAACUUGUAUUAAUAAACCAGGAUCUUAUGAUUGUCUUUGCAAAACAGGAUGGUUUGGUCUGCAUUGUACGAGGAAAGCUAAAGAUUGCACUGGCGGCGAUUUCGAAAUGUGUGGACAUGGUAUUUGUUUAACUACAACCUCUGGAGAUGGCAUCAAGUGCAUAUGCGAUCAAGGCUGGAAAACGAAUGGGACAGGAAUUGCUUGCCUCACAGAUGUAAAUGAAUGUGAACAAGGUACCCGGUGUUCUGUGAAUCCCAGAGUAGAAUGCAUAAAUCUUCCUGGUUCAUUUCGAUGCGGUAAUUGUCCACCGGGUUUUGAAGGUAAUGGAUAUGUCUGCUAUGAUAUCGACGAAUGCCUUACUUUGCCUAAUGGUGGUUGCAGUAUUACUCCUUUCGUCACUUGUCAUAAUACCAUCGGAUCAAGAAUUUGUGGUCCCUGUCCAACGGGAUACCAGGGUGAUGGCAUUUCUUGCACUUGGAGAGGCUCCUGUAGUGUAAAUAAUGGUGGUUGCCACCCGUCUGCGAGUUGUGUUGAAAGCCGGUUUGAUUUCACUGGGAGGACGGGACACUGCGUCUGCCCGAAUGGAAUGUAUGGAGAUGGUAUCGGUGUUCGUGGAUGCUACGUUCCAAACUCUGGUAAUGUAACUCUACAAUGUGAAGACAAUCCUUGUGGUGACCAUGGGUACUGUCAUUCACUUAGAACUGGCUACACUUGCAUUUGCCAUAAGGGUUUCAAUGGUGUACACUGUGAAAAUACAGAAAAUGUAUGUCAAAGUAAUCCUUGCCAAAAUGGAGGUAGCUGCCGCUUGGACGAAAGUUCGCCUUCGGGUUUCAGGUGUGAGUGUGCCGCUUUAUAUUCUGGAGACUUGUGUGAAUCACAUGCAACUCUUUGUGGUGGUGUGUUGAAUCACGAAGAAGGUAACAUAUUAUAUCCCCUGACUAAUGUAACUUAUAAUCAUAAUGCUCGAUGUGCUUGGGUAAUUCAUACUAGACCAGAGAAAGUUAUAAAUGUGACAUUUAGUAAAUUUAAUUUAGAAUCAAGCCCGGACUGUCUUUAUGACUUUUUACAAAUACAUGAUGGUAGAAGCUCAGCCAGUCAGCUAAUCGGAAGAUUUUGUGGUAGUGAAUUCCCUAAAGGAGGAAAUAUCAUAUCUAGUCAUAAUACUUUAUAUUUCUGGUUUCGGUCAGAUCUAAGUAUUGCUAAGGAAGGUUUUGCUUUACAUUGGUCUAGUGUAAACCCAGUGUGCGGUGGCGAAAUUGAUGCCAGUACUCACGGACAUAUCAGCUCACCGGGCUCUCCUGGUAAAUAUCCACCGAAUAGAGAUUGUUACUGGCAUCUAACCACAGCUCUUGAGAAAAGAAUCCAACUGCAUUUCUUCGCGCUAGAUAUUGAAUCACAUGUUAAUUGUAGUUUUGACUUUAUUGCCAUAUAUGACGGCGGGCAUAUUAGGGAUCCUCUUUUGGAAAAAUAUUGUAACUCAACUCAACCUGCUCCUUUGCAAUCAGCUGGUUCAGAGCUUUUAAUUUAUUUUCAUUCUGAUGCAUACAAUUCUGGUUUCGGUUUUCAAAUCGCUUAUGCCCCAGUUGAAGGUAUACCGGGUUGUGGUGGUUAUUUUACCACGUACAGAGGCGAGAUAACGUCGCCUACUUACAACGGUAAAUAUAUUAGUAAUUUAAAAUGUGAAUACAAAAUUAAAACAAGUGAAGACACAAAAAUCCGUAUUAAUUUUGUUUCUUUUUCUUUGGAGAAUUCAUUUAGAUGCAAGUAUGAUUAUAUUAAGAUUUAUGAUGGGCCAUCUAGUGAUUCUCGCUUUGUUGGUAAAUUUUGUGGUACAUUACAUCCGAAAUCAUAUACCUCGUCUUCUAACACGUUAUUCAUUAUAUUUAAAUCUGACCAUACAAUGACUUCCGAAGGUUUCAAAAUAACUUAUGAAUCUAUUUGUCACAAACAAUUACACGGAGAUAGUGGUAUUAUAAAAUCACCAGGGUAUCCCUUCAGUUAUCCAGAAAAUAAAGUUUGUGAAUACAUUAUCAAUACAACUCCAGGUAAGGCAAUACAAUUAACAUUCCAAGACUUUAAUGUUGAAAAUAACAGUUACUCCAAUUGUCAAUACGAUAAUGUUGAAGUUAGAGACGGACCUGAUAUCAACUCAACAUUACUUGGAAGAUUUUGUGGGUCGGAACUCUUACCUCCAGUUCAAACUUCAACAUUUAAUUACAUGUACAUACGAUUUAAGUCCGAUAUGAGUAUUACAGGUACCGGGUUUUACGCUAAUUAUACAACAAUAGAUACAGAGUGUGGAGGAAUUCAUAGAGAUACUACAGGGGUAAUAAGUCACCCAUCGGAUGGAGAAACGACUUACAAAAAUGAACAAUCAUGUACUUGGAUGAUAAUAGCUCCUGAAGGUAUGCAUAUUAAGCUUACAUGGGAUAGAUUCAGACUAGAAAAUCAAAUACGACCAACAUGUACCAGUGACUUUGUAGAGUUAUAUGAAAUAGAUGAUGAUAAUCAGCGUAACUUACUUGGUCGUUUUUGUGGUAGUACAAAACCACCCGUCCUCACCUCUUCUACUAAUAGAAUCAUGGUAAAAUUUGAAUCGGACAAUAGUAUAAGAGAAAGUGGUUUUUCUUUAUCAUAUUCCUUUGUAGACGAAAGAUCACACUGUGGUGCAUUCUUAGUAAAGUCUCGUGGUUACAUAUACUCCCCCGGAUGGCCCAACGUAUACGAGCCUAAUCGUGAUUGCGUUUGGACAAUCACUGUGCCUGUUGGGCAGCAAAUUAAACUCAACAUAUCCCAGUUUGACUUAGAACGUCCCAUACGCGACAAGUGUGAUCUUGGAGAUUAUUUAGAAAUAAAGAAUGGAGCGACAGAAAAUGCUCCACUAAUAGGUAAAUUCUGCGGUAAAUUUAAAUCAAAACGUAUUAUAUCAGCAGCGAAUAGUUUGUAUUUACAUUUCCAUUCUGACUUUUAUUUAACUGGUCACGGAUUCAAAAUCGAAUGGGACGGUACGAUAACGGGUUGUGGAGGAACACUCACUAGUGCGAACGGAUCUAUUUCGUCACCUAAUUAUCCUGAUAAUUACCACGAAAAUGCUGAAUGUUUUUAUAGAAUAGUCACAAGUGCUGGAUCUCGGAUCCACAUUUCCUUUACUGAAUUAAGUUUGGAGAUGACUCGGCAUUGUAUGGACGACUACGUAGAGAUAUUUGAUGGUAGAGAUACAAGCGCCGUAAGUUUAGGUAAACACUGUGAAAUUUCUAAUGCUUUGAGGAAUAUUGAAACUUCUAGUAACUAUGCAUAUAUUAAAUUUCGAUCCGAUUUUUUUAUAAGUAGCAAAGGCUUUCUACUAAACUAUAAUACAAUUUGUCAAUGUAACGUUACCGGUAAUUUUGGCGUUAUUGAGAGUCCAGGCUUUCCCAGUAACUAUCCUCACUACGCCAAUUGUCUAUGGACUAUAACAGUUCCAAGAGGAAACAAAAUUAACGUUACGUUCACACACUUUGACAUAUUUAAAACGAACCGAAAUUUUGCAUGGAGGAGGUUAGACUUUUUUGUAGUUCGCACACGUGCAGAAACGUGUGAUUCAGAUUUUGUACAAAUAAGCGAAACGGAUGGCACGUCUGUUACGGAAAAGCUUUGUGGGUCUACAUUACCAAAACAAAUAAAUGUUCAAAGUAAUAUUCUCAAUGUGAAAUUUAAAUCAGGCGGUUAUUUCACUAGAAGUGGUUUCCGUCUGGAAUGGGUUAAAGAUGGUUGCGGUGGUCUUAUACAAAAGCGAUUCGGUUUCUUGUCACUGGAUAAGAGAAUGGCUCUUGCUGAAAAUGAAAUAAACUGCGAAUGGAUAAUAGAAACUCCUCUAGGCUCAAGUGCUACAAUAUCAUUUACAGAGUUAUACAUGUACGAUAGUAAAAAUUGCACAGAGGAUGCGAUUGAGGUAUACAAUGGACAAAGUGUCGAUGCACCUCUCCUAACGCGAAUUUGCCAUCGAGAUUUGGUGCAAGUCCAAGGAAGUUCUAAUUUUCUUUUAGUAAGAUUUAUAAAAAAAUCUUCUCUUAGGAACGUAUACUUUAAUUCGCAUUUUGAUUCAUUUAAAUCUGGGUGUGGUGGUAAAAUGAUGGCGCACACCGGUAUAAUUUACUCAAAAAAUUAUCCAAAAAAUUAUGAUGAUAAUUUAGAUUGUGUUUGGUCUAUAAUAGUCCCUAAGAACCACCGAAUACGAUUAAAUAUGCUAGAAUUCGACUUGUAUUCAGAAGAUAAUGAAGAUUCGCCUUCUUGUGGUGACAAGAUUAAUAUUUAUGAAACAAGUAAUAUUUUUGACGCCAAUUACACUUAUCAUAUUUGCCCAAAGACGAACAUAUCUGAAAUUAUAUCUAAAACCAAUCAACUAAGCCUUCAAUUUCUUACAAAUGAUUAUGGGUCUGCUAAAGGUUUCAAAGCAUCCUUUGUUAUGAUAUGCGGUGCUCGCAUCAUAGCUGAUCGUGAUGGUGUAAUUAAUAAUAAAUUUUUGCAAGAUUCGAAUGAUACUUGUACAUGGACUUUACUAGCUCCUACACCCAGUUUAAAAAUUAAACUAACUAUAACGCACAUGUCGAUUCCCAAAUACACGAUAGAUGCUACAAAUACAAGUAAGUCAUGUCCAGCAUCAUUUUUGAGAAUAUUAGAUGGUGAUGAUGAGGAUUCACCUUUGAUCGAUGAAUACUGUGGAAAUAAAGUCCCUCCGAUGAUCGUGAGUCAUGGUAGUGCAAUGACUAUACAGCUUGGAAGUUACGUUGGUAAAAUUUCAGGAAUAUUUUCAGCCCACUAUACCACUUUAACUUCUGCUUGUGGAGGAAUAUUAACAUCGGAGGAAGGUACUAUCGCCUCGCCAAAUUAUCCCCAAUCAUAUCCUCACGACUCUGAUUGUGAAUGGAUUUUAAGCACAUCGCCUGGUAAUAAAGUAUACAUUACGUUUGAAGAGCUUAACUUAGAAUACUCAGAAGGAUGCAACGAAGAUUAUUUAGAAGUUCGUGAAGAUAAUGGUGGCGGCAGACUAAUAGGAGUCUUCUGUGGAAACGUCUUACCAACGAACACAACAUCUGCGAGUAAACUCUACAUCAAAUUUCACAGUGACAGUAAAGACUCUGGGCGCGGGUUCGUAAUUCACUACGGAUUUUUGCAUGGAAAUAAUAUAAUUGGUUUGACAAGAGGUGAAAUAACAUCACCUUUGUACCCCAAUGUAUAUAAGGGCGGCGCUGAAUAUACAUGGCGAGUAACAAUGAAAAACCCUUCAACUAUCGCUUUACGGAUUGACAAGUUGGAAAUUCAUAACCAGGAAGCAACUUGUCAAAAUCACUUAGCCUUUUAUGAUGGUUACGAUGAAGACGCACCACUUCUAGAAGAGAUGUGUGGAAUAAUAACAAACCAAAUUAAAUCCCUUAAAACUACUUCAGGUGUGGUGUACAUUAAAUUGCACUUGGAAGAGUCAAAUAUCGGUUCUCUUUUCCAUUUAUACUGGGAGCAAGCUGAUAAGGAUGAAGGAUUAGUAACCGGUGAAAAUCCUAAUUGUGGAUUUAAUCAUACAGAAAUAUUAGCACCAGGACGUAGUGUCACAUUUACCUCACCUAAUUAUCCUCUACCGUACGGCAGUGACUUACACUGCGUUUGGGUUUUUAAGUCAACACCCGGACGUCAUUUACUGUUGUCCUUUCAAGAUUUGUCUUUGGAAGAGACACAAAACUGUUUUGCAGAUAAAAUAAACAUAUAUUCCUCAAGCUCCUUAGACCAUUGGACUCCAAUAAAAGAAAAUAUUUGUGAAAAUGGAGCAAUAAAGGUUCCAAUUAACGCAUCCACUUAUCUAAAGGUUUCUUUUAAAACCGAUGCUUCCGUAGCACAAAAAGGCUUUUCAGCGAAGGUGGCAUCAAUGUGCGGAGGUGAACUUCUAAAUUCAGGAGUAAUAGAACCGACAUGGUUCGAUAUGCAAAAUGUAUUUUCAAGUAUGAUGCGAUGUGAAUGGAAGCUGAAAGUGCGACCUGGGCGAAAUAUAAAAAUAGUGUUUGAAAAUUUCAAUAUUACAAGUUCCGAUUGCUCUUCGUAUGUUAUAAUACAUAAUGGUGAAACAAGAGAUUCACCUUUAUUAGGUGAUGGUAGAUAUUGUGGCUAUGCACAUGAAAAAUUGAAUGACAUAACUUCAUCUAGUAAUGCCGUAUUUAUAAGUUCCGUAACAUACGUUUCAAGAGAUUCCCUCCCGGCCUUUAAAAAUUUUAAAAUACGUUUUGAAGAAUUAAAUAUUGUGUGUGGCGUAUCAUCUUCAUUGGACCUUGAUCAUCCAUGGGAAGUCAUAUCUUCACCUAAUUAUCCUUCUGUACCUCCAUCUUAUACAGAGUGUGUUUGGGUAUUCAUUGGUCCUCCGGGUGAAAUUUUACGUAUCGACUUUAUUGAAAGAUUUGACUUAGAAAAAUCGGAUUCUUGUGCUUCGGAAUAUGUUGAAAUUCGUGACGGGUCUACAAGAAUUUCUCCAAUAAAAGGUAGAUAUUGUGGUGAGAAGCCUGGUACAAUAAAAACUAGUAACAAUAUGAUGUUCAUCAAGUAUUCAACGCAAUUAUCAGAACCCAGAAAUGGGUUUAAAGCUAAUAUUUCUGUAGAUGUUUGCGGUGGUACCAUUGUAGCCAGCGAAGGUACUUUGACGUCACCAAAUUACCCACAUAUGUCUAUAUUACCGUAUGGUACAAUUUGUAAAUGGAACAUCAUUGGUCCUUCGGUAUUUAGUUUGAAACUUCAAUUAAAAGAUUUAAAUCUUCCUGACUCUGUGGAACCUUGUGCUACAAAACUAACAAUCAGCGAAAAUUCAAUUCCCGUAAACAAUACUGUUACUGUUUUAAAAGAAUUCUGUAACGACGACAUAGAAGAAUAUUUGACACCUAUAGAAUCAUUUACAAAUCAAGUUACAAUCGCAUUUUCUAUUGGUAAGCCGAAUGAUUGGGAUCAAAUUUCUGAUAGCAGGGGAUUUAAGCUAACGUUUAGUUCCUGGAGACCAAUAUGUGGUGGAACUGUUACGACAUCUGAAGGUUUUCUAACUACGCCUGGCUACCCCAGACUAUCGACAUUGAGGUUUUGUCAAUGGAAAAUUAAACUUCCUAAUUCUAAGAGACGUGUACGCCUAGAACUCUUAGACUUCGAUUUAAACAAUCAUCGCAUAGGAAUAUACAACGAUGUGCAAUUCCAAACUGUUAUUGAAAAAAUACCUGAUAAAAAUUAUACUACGACGGAUACUGUUUUUGAAUCAUCUGGAAGUACUUUAGGAAUCUAUGUGUGGUUAAGGCCGUCCGGAAUAAAAACUCACCGAUUCAAAGCUCAAUUUACUUCAAAUGAUGAAGCUUUGUGUGGAGGUGACUUAAGUGGCAACUCUGGAGAAUUAUUAGAUCCUGAUCUCCAACGUUCUUACGAAUGUGCUUGGCAUUAUAAUAAUGAAGAUGUAGAAGUUAACUCAAAUUUCCAAUAUAAAACCAUGGUCAUUCAAGCUAAUGUUAGUGUAUCAUCAACUAGUAAAAGUUGUAGAUUUACCGAGCCUCGUAUAAUUAUAAAAUCUACAAUCAUGAAAGAUCUCACCAUCAUUCGAACUAUUUGUGGGAAAAAUAAUGAAGAAACUUAUAGAUAUCCGUCAAACGCCGUGGAUCUUACAGCGGUUAGAAAUAAGGACAAAGUCUUGAAUUUCCAUCUUAAAUGGAAAUUACAACCAUGUGGCGGAGUUGUCUACGUGAGCGAAGAAAAGAUAAAUGUUUUGAAUUUAACAAGAAACAAUGGCGGCUCGAUAGAUUGCGGAUGGGUACUUGUCGCACCUCCAAAUAGUAAGAUUGAAAUUAAAUUAGAAGGUGAAUUUCAAUUGGAUUGCUCCAAUGAAUUUAUACAAAUAACCCAAGGUACUGGACAGUUGUCAACAACAAUUGGUGACUACUGUAAAGAUAGAAUUCCACAAAAUCCUUUAAUUACAACUUAUAGGUACACGUUUGUUGAUUAUCACUCAAGUGCUGCGAAUAGCACUAAAAUAAAAUUAAAUGUAAAAACUGCUUCAAAUCAAUGUGGAGGAAUACUAACAAAACAUGAACGCCAAUUUUCAUCGCCAAACUUUCCAAAAAGUUAUAUUAAAAACCAAGAGUGCAUUUGGGAAAUAAAAGCAGAAAUUGGUAACAGAGUGUCUCUUCAGUUUAUUGAACGUUUUGUAAUUGAAGAUACACCAAAUUGCACUAAAGACGCUGUAAUUAUUUAUGAUUGGAAGGACGACAUGUAUACUGAAGUUGCAAAACUUUGUGGUCGGCGACUACCACCGGCGUACAACUCGACUUACAAUCAAAUGAAAGUGGUCUUCCGCACCGACUCUGAGAUAAAUCUGGAUGGAUUUAGAGCUCAGUGGUCUUCUAUCUGUGGUGGUCUCUAUGUAGCAACCGAGAAGGAACAGAUACUAUAUAGUCCGGGAUAUAACAACGGAUACUUGCCUUCCUUGAAAUGCGAAUAUCGAUUUACCGGAAAAGGAAAUAGAAUUGAAUUGAAAUUUUUAACAUUUGAUAUAGAAGGUACGUUUCCAUUAUGCGAAUAUGACAACGUUACUUUGUCAGCUCAUAGUCAGUAUGACUAUGUUUACCAGGCAUACUGUGGAAACGAAAUUCCGUCUCCCUUAAAAAACGUUGACGAAGUCCAAAUGGUUUUAAGUACUGAUAGGUAUAGCAGUAGAAAGGGAUUUAAAUUGUCUUACUCUAUUUAUACUUGUGGGGGUAAAGUGAAUAAUAAUAGUCAUGUUAUAAAAUUUGACAAAUAUGAACGAGAUCUAAAUUGUACCUGGAUUAUAGAAGCUCCGGUGAAUAAAAUAGUAGUGUUGAGAUUUGAUUAUAUCGAUCUAGAGAGUAACCCCGAUUGCUAUAAUGAUUACAUUGCUGUUUAUAAUGGAGUUAGUAUAGAUAACAAUGAACGUCUUGCAUUGAUGUGUGGCCAUGUAAACUCGAGUACAACAAUUAAGGGCCGCGGUAAUGAAGUUCUCUUGCAAUUUGUAACCGACAGCAGCGUUGCAUAUACUGGAUUUCAAGUUGAAAUUAUUUUCAGUUACUCAGAAUCUGUUGGAUGUGGGGGACAAAUAGAUUUAACCCCUACAUCAAGUCAUACCUUAAAAUCACCACUUAUAGGAAACAGUUUUGUAUAUGAAAAUUAUUUAGACUGUAUAUGGUACAUAAAAGCCCCUCAAGAUUAUGUCGUUAAUGUUGAAUUUAUUUCUUUCCACAUAUCUUCUUGCUUUAAUGUUAAUCAGACGGCUCUUGGAUUCAGCAAGUGUGACUGUGAUUACGUUGAAUUCAAGGACGGAAUAAAUCCAAACAGUUUAAAUAUAGGUACUUAUUGUGGUCAUACGCUGCCACCACAAAUACAUUCAACUUAUGAAUACAUGUCUAUUCGCCUAGCCACAGAUGGUGAAAUCGCUAGUUCAGGUUUUGAAGCUGUAUUGUCAACAAAAGAAUUGCUUUGUGGACAAAGUGUUUUUACAGUUACAAAUAAUGUUCAAACUUUAAAAUCACCAAAUUACGAUUCUCACUAUAUUUUACGUGACUUGCAUUGCUCUUAUCGUUUAAACUCAGAAAGGUAUAGUACAGUACGACUAUCAAUAAAGAAUUUAGAUUUGCAAGUAGGUUCUACGGAUAUAAAUAAAUGUGAUAAAGAUUAUUUAUUAAUAACAAAUAAUCCUUACCCCUACAACAUGUCAAUCGGAAAGGAAUUUAUCCUGAAUCCACAAGUUAGUUACUUUUUUGAUGUUUCUAGUUUUUAUGAACAGACCUUUCCAAGUAGUUUGAUGUUCUGUGGAGUUAAAAAAUCAGUUGACUUAUAUGUUAACGGAGAAAUUUCGAUGUAUUUAAAAACUGCGCCCUUGGCAUUUAGAGGUCACAGAGGAUUUGAAAUAGAAUUUGUUAAAUCCGGUUUCUGUGGAAGAAAUUAUACCGAUUCACAAGGCAGGAUAAAGUCUUUAUAUCCAAAUCCAGAUGAGUCUAAAGAUUGCUAUACGCUUAUCACUGCACCUGAACGUCACACAGUAGCUCUUUACUUUAUGUUUAUUUCUCCCGAUUAUGAUAAUGACAAGGUAUAUCUAGAUAUAUUUGAUGGAAAUAAAACAACGAGUCCACUUUUAGUUAAAUUCUCAAAGGAAGCCAUAGGUUUCUCUGCAGUUUUUUCAACGGGCAGGAGCUUACUUUUACAUAAUCACGGCGGAGAAAACAACCGAAUGGUGUCAUUCGAUUUGAACUAUGUAGCUACUGACAAAGACCGCGGGUGCGGUGGCAAGCUAAACAAUGUGGUAGGGCGAAUUAUGAGCCCUUUGUAUCCCGAAGUUUACCGUCAGAAAAAUACAUGUGAGUGGGAAUUGGAAACUCCCCAUGGAACUCACUUGAUGGUCCAUUUUGAGGUAUUCGAUCUUGGUGUUGUAUGCGAUCAAAAUUACCUUCAACUUGCAGAUAGAAACGGUAACACGAUAUCUACUUAUUGUUCGGAAAUGCCUGCAGAUUAUACAAGUUCAGAUAAUUACGUUAAAAUAAUAUUUACAACAAAUAUGAAUAAUGGUGGAACAGGUUGGGUUGCAGAUUUUGUUGCAAUAGUCUGAUUACAAUUUGAUAUUAUAACAAAAAUUGAAUUAAGGAAGUAAAAAAAUCAAACCAUUUCAAUAUGUCUUUCGAUAUAUACUAUUAUUUUCCAUGUUUGUUUAACUUUAAAUUGUUUUGUAAAAUAUAUAGCUAUCAUAAUAUUUAAUUGUUAUUAAAUUGUUAAGCUUUACCGUAGGUCUUUACAGCCGAAGCGUAAUGGAUUCUUACAAAUGUUUCUGCUGUGGAAAUUUACGCUUAUAAAAAUGUGUAU